CUUGUAAUGCACUAUACAUUUUAAAGAUCAAUAACACUAAAUCAAUAAUGUGACGUUCAAUUAUAUAGAUGACUUAUUACUGCCAUUGUUAAUUCUUUAGCCGUCCAAAUUGUAUAUCAUCGUAUUUUGGACUAUAAAUAUAAUCAGGCCAUUUUUUUUUCACACGUUCAAAAGUUGGUAAUCGGACUUUUAUUUUAUCUUUUCUACCAUUAUGAGUGGUUAAGUGGGGGAGGGAUGUAAGUGGAGAAAGUUUUAAUUUUCUAUUUUUUCUUUUUCUCUUCUUCUUCUUUUAUUCUACGCACAAAUCUUCAUUUAAUACUAAAAAAUAAAAUAAAAAAAAAAAUGGAAGCGUUCGCACCACUUCCAAUUGAUCUAUUUGCCGAUUCAAGUGCGAUGUUAGAAGAAGAUUCUUCAAAUUACUUUUCACUUUCUCAAUUCGACAUGGAAUUACAACAACAAGCUCAAGCUGCUCUUCUUCAACAAGAUACUUGGCAAGAUUUCGAUAAAUAUUUACCAAUGGAUAGUCAAUUAUAUAAUUCAAUCACUAACAAUAGAAUGGAACAAGCUCAACCUAUAUUUAUGAAUAAUAACAAUGAUAUGGCAUUAUUGUAUGACCCUGUUGCUGACCUAUUAUCACCGCAACAACAACAAUUUAAAUCUAUUUAUAAUCAUUCAACAACUAAUGUAAACAAUAACAUUAAACAAGAAUAUGCUAGUCCAGAAUCUUUACCUUAUUCAUCUCCACAAAAUAAUAACAUUCAAACAAAUCUUUCCUUAUCUCCUCAACCUUCUCAACUACAACAUGAUAUGCCUUUAUUUCAACAAACUUCUCCCAUUUCAGAUAUACAAUCUUCUCCUAAAGAUUCAAACCUGCCUAUACCUUCGCUUGACUUUAUGAAUUGGAAUAAUACUAAUAUUGCUAAUAAUAAUAAUAAUAAUACAACAGCUACUACUAGUUUAUUGACAAAUAGAACUCCAAGUGACACGACUAAAACUACUCAAGGUAAAGUUCCUAUUCAACGUUUAAAAUCUAAUAAUAUGAUGAAUAAUACUGCAAAUAAUGUUGCAAAUAAUGCAUCAUCAAACGGAGUUCGUCAACAUAAAAAGACUGCUCAUAAUGCUAUCGAGCGGCGUUAUCGUAAUAAUAUUAAUGACCGUAUUGCUGAACUAAAAAAUGCUGUACCUGCGCUCUUACAUGCUAAAGUGAAAGAUAAUAAUUCUCGUACUAAUAAGCGUCCACAUAAAGGGGGUGAUGAGGAAGAUGAUGAUGGUGAUGAUAGCGAAGAAUAUUUGGACGGGGUUGCUGUAGCUACAAAAUUAAAUAAAGCAACUAUUUUAAGAAAAGCAACAGAAUACAUUCAUCAUUUAAAAAAGACAGGUGAAGAUAUGCGUCGUGAGAAUCAAACUCUUCAACAUAUCUUAAGUCAGCUUCCUGGUGGCCCUGAUAUUUUACAGCAAUAUUAUUUACAGAAGCAACAAAGAGAACAAGAGUUACAAAAACAACGUGUGUUGGAACGUCAAUUCCAGAAACAGCAAGAGCAACAAAGAAAGGCUUCUAAUAGAAAACGUGCAAGAUAUGCUGAUCAUCAACAGGAGACCUUAGAUGAUUAUGAAUCUUCUUCUAGUUCCCCGGUUUCAUUGGAUCCAGUGACUCCACCUGCAAUGACAAAUCGAAUCUUUAUGGCUCUUUUCAUGUGUAUUACCUUUUUUUCAACUUCCCCUUUAACCUCUGGUCCAAGUUCUGAUGAUCAAUAUCAAAAUCAUCAUCAUAAUUCAAGAACUGUUGUUGAUACAGUGUCUAAAAAUUUGAAUGAUGCCAACACUUCUCCUGAAUCUUUUCUUGGCUCUUUAUUUAAUUUUGAUAGUGGAUGGUCUGCUUUGCGAACAGUUGUAUUUAUCAUUUGCAUUAUUCAAUUAUUAUUCCCUUAUGCCAAGUUUAUGUUGUUUGGCUCUUCUUUUAAAUUAAAACGCGUGACUCGAACAAAACGAACAAUGACUCCCCGUAAAGAAUUAUUGAAUAAUAAUGUUACACCGGGUGAACUUAAAUCUCGACAAGUCUAUACUAUACUUGAAAAAUCAAUGAAGCGUCAAGAAUACUUACCUGAAAGUACCUUAACAGCUAUAUUUCCUUUAUGCAAAGAAGCAAUCCGUAUUUUCUCUCAUCAUAUCCUUGGUUAUGAUAUUAUGUAUGGUGAAAAUGAAAGUAGAAAUCCUGAUGAAGAAUGGGAUCAGGUAUGUAAAUGGAUUAAACUAAAUGAAACAAAAUGUCUUGGCGGUGCACUUGUCAAUACUCGCUUGACAAUGCUCUAUUCUUGCUUUCGUAUGAUUAACUUGGUUGAUCUACUUGAUGAAGAUUCUCAUGAACAUGUCAAUCAAACUCGUGCUCGUGCUUACGCUACUGCUGCCAUCAUCUUCUCUCUUGUCCUCCCUAAACAACAUAUUACUGAAAGAAUAUCAAAUUACUUUUGGUCUCUUGCUGUCAAUCAUAGUAAAGGUCAGAACGAUGAUGAAGUAAAUCUUGAUUCGUAUACUGAGGAGAGUUAUAUUUGGAUGCAAUCCCUUGCUUGGAUAGACCCUGAUCAAGAUUAUAAUUCUAUUGAAGAUAUACCCAACACUUAUGCCUGGGAAGAAAUGAUGAAAAUUAUUCGUAAUCAAACAUCCUCCCCUACAAAUACAACAGAUAAUUUACCUUUAUCUAUAUCCUACACUGCUCCUGUUAUCGUACCUAUCGCUAUUCUCUCUACUUUACAUCUCCUUGAUAACCUUUGUAUUCAAUUUGAACGUCUCAUCAAUACAAUGGCUUUACACUAUGAAAAUAAGAAUAAUUCCCUUGACAAAAGUCUUGAAACAUCUUUUUCUGAUAUUAUGUUACUAACUGAACCUGCAAAUAUAAAGUCUACUGAACAUGAAGAGUUAAAUGCAAUCAGUGAUCAACAGCGAUUAGCUCACUGGUUGGCUUCUGUUGGUGCUGUUGUUGAAGCUAUUUGGAAGAAUGAUAUAGAAAAGGCAGAGAGAUGGUUACCUACUCUACUUCAACGUGUACCUCGAUCUAUGACUUGCAAAGCUUCUACCAUUUCACAAAAAUCUCUUUUAAAUCAAUUAGAUGAACUUAUCAAAAAGGCAAUGAUUCAUAUCCUUGUGGGUGCUGUCUUUCUAAAAAGUAAUGAUAUCGAAAAGCAAAAGCAAGGACUUGUUGAAUUAGAAAAUGCAGAGGUACUUCGUUCUGCUAUUCGUAAACUACAAAAUAAAGUUCGAACAAAUAUCAGUGAAGGAGACGAAAAGACGGAUUUAGAAUCAACAGUUAUGAUAUUAGCUGAAUUUGUUGUUUCUUAUAUUGGUUUAGAGUCGUGGAUUGACAGUAUGAAAGUAUUGGAAAGUGUUGAAAAGGAAAUCUUGGUUGAAGAAUCUGUGAGUGAGAUUACAUUAAAUUUACGUCGCAUGAUUCGUUUACCUUCUUUACAGUCUAUAAAUGGGAGUCGAUUUAUUGUGGAUCGUUUAAGUCGACUUGGACGCUUUGUUGCAUAUCAUCCAGGAGAUGAUGAUUCUGCCUGUGAUCUAUCAGAUACUGAUGAUGUCAUGUCAACAACUGAAGAGAACCUUGACAGUCAUCAACUCUUGAUCAAAAAAUCUGAUAAAGCGCAAUCUAUUCUUCGCGGAUAUACGUAAUUAAUGUUAUUAUUAUUAUUAUUCAUCUCUCUUUGCUCUUUUGCUCAUACCUCUUUCUUUCUUUUUUUUUUCUUUUCCACUUCAUUUCAAUUUAUUUAUUUUUAUUUAAAAUUCAUAUAAAUAUUUGUGUAUAUGUAUAUGUAUAUACAAAAGGCUUAACAAGAGCUUUUUAGAAAAUUAAAUCUGC